GCGUCGCCGAAAUUUCCAAAAAUCCUAACCCCCCGUUCUGUCUUGCUCCUCUUCUGCAUUUCCACACUGGUUCCCUGCUCGCCAGCACCCCCAUCCCGGUCAAGCGAGCCAUGCUACUUUGAUGUCCUCGUUGUCGCGUCGUCGACCCUCCCCGGAAUCAGCUCGAGUGGCCAAGCAGUUUCGCGGGUGAGCACGACAAUUGCGACAGCCCGUCCGUCCUCAGGCGCCCACAGAGGGCAAAGGGAGCGACCGCCCGUGGUGCGGCAGCGUCUGGCAUCCCCGUCGUCGACCUGCCUAGUCGUCGCCUGCCAGCCCGCCCGUGGAGAUUGGCACAGUCAUCCCACCACGUCGCUGCACGCCGCUCUGGCCCCGUCAGGAGCUCGCCCCUACUGUCACCUCGCACUUUGGCGCCCCUUGCUCCAUCCAUCGCCAUCGCACCUUGCAUCUUGCGACCAUCGCGACGCAUCUCACGCCGUUCCCCCUCCCACUUUCGACCGUGUCGCGCCUUUGUUCGGAAGCUUUACCCGCGAACUGACAAUCCGUCUGCGUGAACACGCCCACCGCCUUCCGCUUUGCCGGUCCUAACGCACACCGUGCGCCACUUCGGUGGCGAUCAACCACGCACCCACCCGCCCACGCAGACCUGGGAUAAGCGCAAUCGCCGUCGCAACGGCGUCGGGAUCACCAGCGCAACCCGCCAACACGGGUUUCACACUCCAUCUUCCGACACCCAUCAGCUCCGUUCGAGCAGACCGUUGUCUGCAACCCGCUGCACACCAUGAACAACAUGGCGGGCAUGCCCACCAUGAACGCCAUGAACGCCAUGGGCGGGCCCGCCGGGCCUACCAUGACCAUGAUGAACAACGGCCCCCUUGUGCCGCAACAACAACAACAACAGCCUCCGCCCCCGAAUCAGAUUCAGGUUAACGACCGGACACUAUUGAACACUUAUAUUUAUGAUUACUUCAUUCGGAACAACAUGUUCGAUUGCGCCCGCGCCGUCUACGGAGCGGACCCGCACAUCAAGGUCAUCAAGGACAGCCCGGGGAAACAUCGCGACGAGAAUGGCAACGUCCUGGGAAACGGCGUCGGCGACGCCACGGACGCAGAUAACAAGGACGCUUUGGACCAGAAGCGUCCCGACGAUCUUCCGGCCCCGAAUCUGCCGACUCCCGUACCAGAUAGCUGCUUCCUCUACGAUUGGUUUUGCCUCUUCUGGGACAUGUUCAACUCGCAGAAGGGCAAGGGCUCGAGCGGCCAGGUGAAUCAAUAUGUGCAACACACUCAGGCACAGUCUCGCCUGCGGCAGGAGCAGCAGCGCGACAUGCUUCGCCAAAUGCGCCCGGAAUUCGCCCAGCAGCAGUUCCACCAGCAGAUGAUGCGGUCGAUGCCGAACAGCGCCAUGAACAUCGGCAUGAAACCUGGGAAUCAGCUGCAGAGAACAGCCAUGGCGAACAGCCAAAACCCUCAAGCGAUGCAGAUGCUCCAUCAGCAGCAGAAGGCGGCCGGCCAGAUGCAGCGCGACCCGUCCGACAUGGACGGAAACCGUGCCAGGCCGGCUUCGCCCGGAGGCGCCGACAACGCGCCUUCACCCUCCAAGAGACCGCGCCUCGACGGGGGAGCGCCGUUCAAUCCUAACCAGGGCGUCAUGAUGCCCGGCGGGCGACCGGGCCAGGGCAUGCCCGGGCAACAGCAGAUUGGCGUCAACCCAACUUCGCUGAAUCCUGACCAGCUCCAGGCCUUUGCCUCUGCAGCCCCCCACGUCCAAGCGAAGACACUUGCCACGUACUCGACUAACAUGUCGCAGCACCACGGCAACCAGAUGCCCAACAAGCCCAUGCCCAACGCCGCCGGUCCACAGGGUCAGGGCUCCCCUAUGGUGCCGCAAGGUCCCGACGGCAGCUCGCUGACGCAAUACUAUAACCCCGGGGACAUGGCGCCCGGGAACAUGAGGGCCAACGCUCCCAACGGCCAGGCCACGACGGGGAGCAACCACGCGCUGCAGGACUACCAGAUGCAGCUGAUGCUCCUGGAGCAGCAAAACAAGAAACGCUUGAUGAUGGCGCGGCAGGAGCAGGACCACAGCACCACCACGCCGCGUGGGGAGGGGCCGGGCGGUCCCGGAGCUGCGGCCGGACCUAACGGACAGCCGUUCCAGGGGACCUCGCCGCCGGGCGGCCGGAGCGGUGCCUCGCCGAAUCCCUCGGACCAGAUGAAGCGGCCCAACCCGCAGAUGGCGAACGCUGCCAACAUGGGCUCCCCGCUGCCGGACGGUACCGCUCAGUCGCGGAGCUCUCCCGGUUCCAUGAACUUCAUGGGUGCCAACAUGGACCCCAGCGCCGUACAGCAUUUCGGCAUGAACAUGAACAUGGCCACCCAGAUGAACGGCGCCAUGCGGCCGCCCCCUCCCUACAACGGCCAGAUGAAUCCGCAGCAGAUGCUGGCGGCGCAGCGCCAGGCUCAGCAGGCGGGCGCUCAGGGAGCGCCGAUGCAGUGGCCGCAGGGCGGGCCCAACGGCCAAAUGGCCGGUCAGCCCCCGCAACCCCAGAUGCAAGGAGGUCCGGCGCAGAACCAGCGAUCCAUGCCUCCGCCUUCCGCCCCGGCCACGGCUGCUGCGAACGCGGCCAACGCCCGCAACCCAACGGCGUCUCCGCAAGUCAGCAAUGCUGCCCCUCCUACCCCUUCGCAGGGGAACAAGCCGGCGCCCAAGAAGAAGGAAACUAAGAGUGCUAAGGCCAAGGCGGCGGCUCAGAAGAAGAGCAACCCCAACCUCAACCAAGCGGGGGCCACGCCCGCCGCCGAAGCGCCAGAAGCCAACCAAGAGGCGCCGACGCCGGCAACGCCCAUCACACCGGCUAACCCGGCUGGCUUCGGCAAGAAUCAAGGGGUGAACGCCGGCCAGGUGGUGCCGAACGGCCAGCCGGCGGCUGGGGCGCCGAUGCCGCAGGCGGCACCUGCUGUUGCGGCGCCUCCGCCCCCGCACACAGAUUCCAACCAGGCCACCAACUUCCUGGACACCGGCGGAAUGGAUUUCCCUCUCGAGUUCACGAACCCGAUGCAGACGGACAAUGUGAUCGAAUUCGAUUUCGACACGUUCUUGACGGACGACCACGCCGGAGAAGACGGGACAUUCGACUUGGGCUUCUCGAUGGAAACGGAUACCUCGAUUGGAGCGACGGAGUAAAACUCGGACU